UAUAUAUAAAUACACCCUCAUGAGUAAGCCUUCAUUAUAAAAACAAAAAAGGAAACACACAAUCCUCAAAAAUCAUGACAAAAUCUCAAACCUCUUCACCAACUCCUCAUAAAUAUUUACAAGAAGAUGAUGUAAGUGAAGAUUGUAAGAAAUUGCUUUCUACCCUACCAAAAGAAAGAGGAUGGGUUGGAUCUUAUGUGUAUAAUUAUCAAGGCUUUUGGGCAUUACCAAGACUUAUCCAAGGGGUGAUUGCAUGUCAACGACAAUAUCAAGCUCAAGAUAAUGAUAUCAUUCUCGUUACGGCUCCAAAAUCAGGAACCACUUGGUUAAAAGCACUUUUAUUUUCUUUAGUGAAUCGAAAAAAAUAUCCUGUUUUUGAAAAAAAUCAUCCGUUACUUGUCAAGAACCCUCAUGAUCUUGUUCCAUUAUUAGAACAAGAUCUAUAUGUUGAUGGUCAAGUUCCUGAUUUUUCCUUGUUCACUUCACCUACACUCAUAGCAACUCAUGUUCCCUUUGCUUCAUUGCCAAAAUCAGUUCAAAACUCAAGAACCAAACUUGUUUACUUAUGUAGAAAUCCAAGGGACACUUUUAUUUCUAUGUGGCAGUUUACAAAUAACUUAAGACUUGAUAGUCAUAGAGAUACCAAUUCUAUUGAAGAAAUGUUUGAUCAUUUUUGUAAGGGCGUGGGUCUUUAUGGACCAUUUUGGGAUCAUGUGUUGGGUUAUUGGAAAGAAAGUAUAGAAAAUUCUGAUAAAGUACUUUUCUUGAUGUAUGAAGAAAUUAAAAAGCAACCUAAAAUUCAACUUAAACGCUUGGCUGAAUUCUUGGACUGUCCAUUUUCCAUAGAGGAAGAAGAUUGUAGGGUUGUGGAUGAAAUAUUAAGAAUGUGUAGCUUUGGAAAUUUGAGGAAUUUGGAGGUGAAUGUAAAUGGGAACAUGUCGGCUGGAAUGGCAAAUAAAAAUUUCUUUCGUCGAGGAGAAGUUGGAGAUUGGAAGAAUUAUUUUACUGUUGAGAUGAAUGAUCGACUCAAUCAUAUCAUUGAACAAAAAUUUCAUGGAUCUGGAUUGAAGUUUGUGUAUAUUUGAUUAGGCAUUGAUAUGUUAAAUGCAAUGCCAUAUGUUAAUUGAAUGCAAUUAUUUAUUUUGAAAAUCAAUAUUGGGAGUAGUUUUAUUGAGAUUAA